CAGCUGGCUGCAGCUGUCCGCGCGCACCUCUCCAUCCAGGCAGGACGCGCACCCGCACCCCGGUCACAGCCGCUGCCCAGGGGCUCGAAGCCAUCCAUUAGAGGAUCCGGACCGAGGGAUGCGCACUCUUUUAACUUCAUCUCUUUUCUUUUAGUCGUCCAGAGAGACCCUCUGUCCUCCGUCACAAUUCCCCCCCAGAGCGGCUCCACGGGUCUUCUGUCGUCCAUUGGUCCCCGAACCGCGCGGAGGAAGUGGUCGGUGGUCUUUGUGGUGACCGCCGUCGCGAUGGUUUUGCUGGCUCUGGCCGUCGCUGUCCCGUUACUGCUGCUGCGCACCUCUGAGACCUCCGCUCAUUACUAUGAGAUGAUGGGCACCUGUCGGAUGGUUUGCGACCCGUACACCGCGAAACCGGGAAGCGCCACCGCCAUGGAGGUGAUCCAGAACGUGAACGGGGUAGCUCCGCAGCCGCCGAUGGCUCAGGGGAGCCGAGGGGAGCCGGGGCGACCGGGUAAACCGGGAGUUAGGGGCCCGCCGGGAGAACCAGGACCCCCUGGUCCGAGGGGGCCACCGGGAGAGCGCGGCGACGGGAAACUCGCCUUCCCCGCGAUAACCGGAGCUGCGGGGGCUGAGAACGGCGAAACGGACGGCGUGAACUCCACGAGCAACAGUCUGAGGAUCGCUUUUUACGUCGGUCUGAAGAAUCCACACGAGGGAUAUGAGGUGUUAAAGUUUGACGACGUGAUUACAAACUUGGGGAACCACUACGACCCGAGCACCGGGAAGUUCACCUGCCAUGUGUCCGGGAUCUAUUUCUUCACCUACCAUGUGCUGAUGCGGGGCGGAGACGGGACCAGCAUGUGGGCCGACCUGUGCAAGAACGGACAGGUACGGGCCAGCGCCAUAGCUCAGGAUGCAGACCAGAACUACGACUACGCCAGCAACAGCGCCGUGCUGCACUUGGACUCUGGGGACGAGAUCUAUGUCAAACUGGACGGCGGCAAAGCCCACGGAGGCAACAACAACAAGUACAGCACCUUCUCCGGCUUCAUCUUAUACCCCGACUAAAGAGAGGCCGCAGCCGGGUCAGCGUGGACAGUAACCAUCACUGAAAACUGUUUCCAUUAAAGUAUAUGGUCCCAUAUGUUUCUCCUCUUUUGAAGACGGAUUAAGCGCAGGCUUAUCUGCAACUGUGUAUUCUGUUUAUUUGGUCAAAGACCUUUUAGUAUUUGAUUGAACUUACAUUCAACUCCUCUACUGCCAUCAGAGUAUGUACAUAUCUUACUGCUUAGGAUCAGAAAUGACGCUCCAGGUACAGAGAGCAUGCCAGAGAUCCCAGACCAAACACCCCGUAAAAACUCUGAACUGAGAACAUAGAUGUUUCUCUUCAGUUUAUUUGAAUUAAGGGGGAACACUUUUGUUCAAGGACUGGCUGCUAACAGGCUUAGAGAUUCUUAUGAGGCACUGUGUAUUAAUGGUGUCAUAUUUGAGGCUCGAAUGAUGAAAGAAUUAAAAUCGAGGAGUAAAAUGAAUGUCAGAUAAGAUGUUUUGUGAGUAGGCAUCAGCCAGCCGUGUUUGGACUCAAGGCCCAGUCACAUCAGCAUUUAAAGUCAAUUCAUUUCAGUUCUCUCACAGGGUAAAUACACAUAUUUCCCGUUCAGUUCAACCAUAAUGAACUUUUGACGCACCAAUUUGCGCCAUCGGCCAUUAGUAAACAUCUGAGGGGACGGAAAGUCAGAGAGACCAGAAUGGAGGAAGCUAUCGUAGCACGGUCCACUUUAUUUAACCUCCUCUGUCGGAGCAAAAAGCGCACCACAACAGAGACGUGGUUUGCAGACGUUCAUGAGACAGGAGUCAGUUGUGCCUCCCUCUUAAAAGAAAGCUGAAUGAAGUGAUGCACAAUGGAGAGAAAGAGCACAGUACAAGGGAGCUUGGAGAGCUACAGGGAGUGGGAGUGUGAUAUCAUCAACAUCAAGGCGGCCAUUUUUGUAGGAUACCAACCAUGCCCUGUACACAGUCACCACCCAUCUAGCAUGGUAGUCUCAAACGGUUAAAUUCGGUGUAACAUCCUAAUGACAGAAUUAGCACCAGACACCGGUCAAAUGCUGGUGAAAUAUGUCUUUUGUGCGUACUUUAUACAUUCCUGAUGAUGAGCGAUUGGCAGAUGACAAAUGACCGGUGACAGAUAACAACAGCUAUGUACGUUAUCCUCCAAAAAUGGCAGCACCGCCCCAUAAUGCUCCACAAUUCCCAUUCCCUGUUGUAACUACGCCACCAAGCUUGUGUCAUGCUGCUCUUCCUGCAACCAGGCUUUUACUGUGGAAAGUAAAACACUUAAAGCCACAUGAUAUUAGUUUGUUUUAAAAGCUCAUUCUCCAGUUUUAGUUUUAGUUUUUAAACAGGCAUACUGUACAGUAG